CCACCAUCGUCAAAGUCCUUCUCGAAGGUCGUUCGUAUAUUCCGAGAACAUAGCAUUAUGGCUGCUAAGAAAGUGUUGGUACUUCACGGUUACGCUCAAAGCGCUACGAUCUUCAGCAAACGACUCGGUGCUCUUCGCAAGUCCUGUGGCAAGGAUGUCGACCUUGUCUUCGUAGAUGCACCGCAUGUUCUUAGCCCCGCAGACCUCGCUGAGGCGUUCCAAACGUCAUCUGAGGCGAAGUCGCUGGACGAUUUUGGUGCCGGGGAAGCGGCAGCCGAGACCGACCCAGCGCUGGCGCCCAGAGGUUGGUGGAGCGUCGACGGAUCGCGGACGAAGACCGACGGCCUGGAGGACUCCAUCCUGCUGCUGCGUGACUAUCUCGUCAAGGAUCAUUACGAUGGCAUCUUCGGAUUCAGCCAGGGAGCAGGAAUGGCAGCCAUCAUGACGGCUUUGCUGGAGAGACCCGAGGUGUUUCCGCCCGUCCUUGUGGACGGCAAGCCCCCUCACCCGCCUUUUACUUUCUGCAUAGCGGCUGCUGGGUUCAGGCCUAGGAGUCCUCUCUGCGACGCGAUCUUCGAGCCAUCCUUCUCGACGCCGAUACUGCACAUCCUCGGAAAGAACGACGUCCUCGUCGUGGAGGAGCGCACGAAGCUGCUAAUAGACAUCUCAACGAACAGUCGCGUGGAGUAUCACGACGGAGGCCACUUUGUGCCUUCGAAAGCGAACUGGAGGAAUUUUUUGAAGGCGUACAUGAAAGACCCUCUUGGCGAUGUGCCGUCGCCGUCUGCCGCUGGCUCACAGCCUGCAUCAGGUGUUGCUACGCCUGUGACACCCGCACCCUAGAACCGUAGACAGAAGUGUACACCAGUGUAGAUGCCCGCUAAUAUCAAUAUCGCGGCGCCGGUCAUUAGCGCGAAGGCCGGGCAAGUCUAAUCUCAAC